AUGCAUCAGCCACUGGGCAGCUGGAAGCUCCCAGGGUCUCUUUGCUUUCUACUUCUGGUCUCCUGGGCUAUGGCCACGGCAGCCCUUCCCCUGGAAGAUGGCCUCGCCAUGAAAGGCAGUAAGCCCCUGCAGGAAGUGGCCGAAGGAAAGACGAGCGACCUCCUGACUUUCCUUUUCUCCUUAUACGACUGGACCUCCCGCGGCGGGGAGAUGCCUCUGGCCGGGGGCGAGGAGACGGAGUUCUCCAAGCGAGACGGGAGGGCUCUUUCCAACCAAGCCCCGCCUCGGGAUAAAACCCCCUGCAAGAAUUUCUUCUGGAAGACUUUCUCCUCCUGCUGAGAGAAUCCCGCCCGCUCCUGUCGUGUG